AAUCAUCCAACUAACCCAUCGCACAAAUACAAAACGACACACACCACAACACUCAACCCACAAUAAUCAAAAUCAAUAAAAUUCCAAUCCCAACAAAACAACCGCACCGUAUGACUAGCCCCGUCACCCUCCUCCUCCUCAUCCUGACGGUGGCGCUAACUGUCUCCGCCACACCAACAGCCUACGAAGCCCUAAAAACCUACAACUUCCCCGAAGGAAUUCUCCCAAAAGGAGUAACCGGAUACGAAUUAGACGAAUCAAGUGGCAAUUUCCGCGCCGAUCUAAACGGUUCGUGCAGUUUCUCCUUAGAAGGUUCAUAUCAAUUGAGUUACAAAUCAACCAUCACAGGUCGUAUAUCAGAAAACAAACUCACCGAUCUCAGGGGUAUAAGUGUCAAAGUUUUAUUCUUCUGGGUGAACAUUCUUGAGGUUGUUCGUAAAGGUGAUGACCUUGAUUUCUCUGUUGGUGUUGCCACUGCUUCUUUUCCGUUAGAUAAUUUCUUUGUUUCUCCACAGUGCGGUUGCGGUUUGGAUUGUGAUGAUUUAAGAAUAAGAAAACUUAAAUUGAAUACAAAAAACCCUUCUCAUUCUUCUGCUUAGAAUAAUUUUAGCACUAUGGUUCUAAGCAUAUUAUAUUUGUUAGUAUUAAUUAGUAAGUAUAUAUAUUUUUAGUGACCUUGAAGUGGUGACUGUUAUUAAUGUAUAAUAGUAUUAUAUCAUUUUUUAUAUA